AUGAAGGAAAAAUCAAAGAAUGCCGCGAAAAAGCGCAGAGAGAAAGAGAACGGAGAGUUUUAUGAGCUGGCCAAGCUGCUGCCUCUGCCGGCGGCCAUCACCUCCCAGCUGGACAAGGCCUCCAUCAUCCGGCUGACGAGCAGCUACCUCCGGAUGCGGAGCAUUCUCCCCGACGGUCUGGGUGAUGGAUGGGGGCAGUCAACAAGGUUCAGUCCUCUGGACAACAUGGCAAAGGAGCUGGGUACCCACCUUUUACAAACUCUAGAUGGGUUUGUUUUUGUUGUUGCAUCAGAUGGAAAAAUCAUGUACAUAUCAGAAACGGCAUCAGUGCACCUUGGUCUGUCACAGGUGGAGCUAACAGGAAACAGUAUAUUUGAGUACAUCCACCCAUCAGACCAUGAUGAGAUGACAGCAGUGCUGAGUCUCCGCCAGGCCCCACAGCAACAUUUCUUGCCAGAGUAUGAAAUUGAGCGGUCCUUCUUCUUGAGGAUGAAGUGUGUUCUUGCCAAACGAAAUGCAGGGCUGACAUGUGGAGGAUAUAAGGUCAUCCACUGCAGUGGCUACCUGAAAGUGCGUCAGUACAUGGUGGACAUGGUGCUCUAUGAAUCAUGCUAUCAGACUAUGGGCCUGGUAGCAGUUGGACACUCCCUGCCUCCCAGUGGUAUCACUGAGAUCAAACUCCAUAGUAACAUGUUCAUGUUCAGAGCCAGCCUGGACUUCAAGCUCAUCUUUUUGGACAUGAGGGUGGCAGAGCUGACAGGCUACGAGCCUCAGGACCUGAUAGACAAGACUCUUUACCACCACGUUCAUGCCUGUGACAUUUUCCAUCUACGAUACGCUCAUCAUUUAUUGCUGGUGAAGGGUCAGGUCACCACCAAGUAUUACCGCUUGCUAUCAAAGCAUGGAGGUUGGGUAUGGGUGCAGAGUUACGCUACCAUUGUCCACAACAGCCGUUCAUCCAGACCUCACUGUAUUGUCAGUGUGAACUACGUCCUCACUGACAUUGAAAGCAAGGAACUACAGUUAUCUGAAGAUCAGAGUCAAGUCACUAAGUGUGGUGUAAGUCUCACUUCCUCUCUGGACCACAGCAGACAAUUCAGAACCAAAGCAGUCAAGAUGAAGACCAAACUAAGAGAAGCUCCCUAUCUUGAGAAGGCUCCUCGCCUCUUCCAGCCGGACCUCUCAUACUGCUCGUCACAAAAGGGGAUGUUGAAAGACAGAUCCCUGUACCCAAUGACCCCUUGCAAGGAGACGAGAACCAACCUGAGACCUGAAGGAGUUCAGGUGUCCUGCAGCCCCACUUACAAUCUGACUCUCCAUUACCCAUCCCAUCAUCAGCAUCUGAACGUUCAGAGCCAGCUGCCCAGCUCAGUUCCCUCCUCUCAGCUAUCUCAACAAAUCAUCGGCUCCCUGCAUAGUAAAGGGGCUGAUGGAUGGAACAUCAGCAACUCCACAGCAGCCAACAAAUACAAAGGGCCUGUACUGGCAGCUGACCGUAGGUACCAGGAUGAUUGUCCCAGUGGAAUGAACCCUCUUUCAAACAGCAGGCUAAAGGACGAAUUCUGUGAACAUUACACACUCGUCCAUAGCAAAGUUUGUCCACAUGCCCAGCCUCAUGCCGCAAAGGGGAGUAAAGCUUUAAACCAGGACAUGCAACAUUAUGUAAAAGGUGACAGGGCCCUGGCUUGCCCUGUGCUCAGCAGCCUGGUACUUGGUAAAGGUGAGCAUGGUGGCUUGUUGCAUGGCAUAGGCCAGUCGCUCCCUGUGCAGAUAGUGCUUGAGCAGAAGAAGAUGCUCUGUAUGAUGGAGACCCCUUACAGUCACAUUGCUGCAGAAUAUCAUCAACCUGCUGACGACCAGCAGCAGUUUGGAGCUGCCACGGAGCCACAGUCCAGAUCUGCAGACGACACAAGAAUGCUGACAGGUAUAGGAGCUCCAUAUAUGUCUUUAAACUUUCAUCAAGUCUUGGGCAAACCUGGUCCUAUUAAGGCCUCCCCUUUUGCCUCACUGAGCAAUAUAACAGAUGGCCAUUGUUACCAAGGUAAAGAGAUGGUGUCUUACAACUGUACUAGCCAGAGUCCCAGCUCCAGCUCAUCUCCUGAGAGCCACAGAGAGACCCCACACCGCACUGGCACAUCUGUCAUCAUCACGAAUGAGAGGUGA